AUGCUGGUGGCUGUCGCUGGACGAAGAUCAGUCUGUGUGUGGCCUUGCUUCGUGCUCGGCAUCAGCGGAGGCACAGCGAAAUUGGUUCAAUCCCGAAACGUUGUUCAGUCGGACACAAGCUCCGGCGGAUGGGACUGGUCGAGUGUGUCCGAAGUGGACUAUGAAGCAUAUUGGAUUAGUCGGUUUUGGGUGCCUUUGGAUGAGAAAGGUUACGACCUUCUGGCUGCUAAGGUUUCUACCAACCCUUUCCAGCGGCAUACGGAAUGGUAUCAUCACGGGCACCGGCUUCGCGCUACGCAAACCAAGUCGGGAUUUGAGGCGGAGUCAUGGUCCUUGGUUCCGGGUGAUUCAGCGCUGGACGAGCGGGGGAAGAAUGUGAGGGCGAGUCUGAGGCUCUGGCGCCAAAUGCUGGAUAAUAUGGCACAGUUAAGGCCGGUGUACAUUCCGGUGCUGGGCCGGAGGGCUGCAUUCGCUAAGUCGGCACGGUGCAGACUAUUUAAAAGCGAUUUCGAGGCACAUAAUGCGCUGCUGGAGUCCAUACCCGUGCCCGCUUGGCAACGACUGCGAACCAUUGACACUGAAUCGUUCCAUGAGUGCAACUUGGCGCUCGUGGAACUUGGCGCCAUCAUUUCUCUCUACUUCGAGUCGCCGUACGGGCUCGUGGACGACCACAUUAGAAUGGCCACGUUAUGCAAGAUGCGCUCUGGGUCCCGGGCCAGCUCUUGGUGCCAUCCUCGGAGACUCCGCUACUGGCUGGUCGGCGGCCUUUUGGAACACGCCGAGGUCUCCGUCGAAGAGCUGGCCAAGUUCUGCAUAGGACUCGGCUACAACCCCUUCCUCAACUCCAUGGUCGAGGGGGUUGCGCACCCCACGCAGCAACUUCAACUCGCUCGACCAAUGCGAGUGGGCACCAGCCAUUGCGGUAACGCCGACUGCUUCGUAUAUGCCGACUGCUUCGGAUUUGUCGACCCCUUCGGAUUUGUCGACUCCUUCGGAUGUGCCGACUCUUUCGGAUGCGCCGACUCCUUCGGAUGCGCCGACCACCUACCGCUCGGAAGCACCGGUCAUUUACCUUCCCCAAACGCCGACCACUUACCCGUCGGAAACUCCGGUCACAUCAGGAACGCCGAUCAUUUACUCAUCGGAAACGCCGACCACUUAUCCUUCGGAAAUCCCGAUCACUUACACUUCGGAAAUCCCGAUCACUUACGCUUCGGAAACACCGACCACUUACCUUUCGGAAACACCGGCCACUUACCUAUGGGAAACGCCGACCACUUACCUAUCGGAAACCUCGGCCUCAUCCUAUUCGGAAGGGCCGGCCGGUGCGGAGGCCCCAGAUCGUCUUGA